UGACAUUCCUCACCCUCGAUCUUUUUGCAUGCGUAUACACACAAAGACAUAUAGGAUGCAUAUACAAUAACUAAUGGCGGAUACUAAUUAAAUUAUCAGUCCUUUCAAAUAAAUAUUUUUAUGAAAGAUAGAUUUGGGACAGUGGGGUUCGAAUGUUUUGUAUUUAAUUAUUCUAUCUAAGAAAGAACAGUUGUUAAUGCUUGUAAGAAUACAAGAGUCAUGCACAUAUCAAGACCUAACAUCCAAUCCAUUAGUAACAAUUGUUAAUUCACAGUUUAAUUACCCUUUCUCUUUCUCUCACUCACUUUUCCUUUUCACCAUAAAGCACUAAUCGUGUGAUCAUCAUCUUAAUGACUACUAUAUCUCUAAACCCUUCACACACACGUCCUCAACACUUCUCGCGGCCUCUUAUAAUUUUAACAAACCCAUGAUAUAAAUCCAAAUCAACCAGUAUCUCUUGUCAAGAUCAAACUAAAGUUCGAUACGAUGUCGAAUCUGAUUCGAACAGAUCUUCCAAAGAAGAGGAAGAGAGGAGAAAGUAGGGUUUUUAGGCUGAAGACAUUCGGAGAGACAGGACACCCAGCUGAGAUGAACCAGUUCUCUUUUAGAGACAACCUUGGGAAGCUUCUUGAGUUUGGUCACUUUGAGAGCUCUGGUCUCAUGGGAAGUUGGUCCUUUCAGCUCGAGGUUCAUCGUCACCCAAAUCCUCUCUAUGUUCUUCUCUUUGUCGUCGAAGAGCCCAUCGAAGCCUCUCUUAACCUCCGUUGCAACCAUUGCCAAUAUGUUGGUUGGAGAAACCACAUGAUAUGCAACAAGAAGUACCAUUUCGUGAUCCCCUCAAAGGAAACAAUGGCCGCCUUUCUAAAACUAGAAGGAGGAAUCUGCGCUUCUCCCGAAAAAGAAAGUCUAUCCCAUCUUGUGGAACUUCAAGGCCAUGUCCUUCACGGCUUUUUCCACUCCAACGGAUUUGGUCACUUGCUCUCUAUCAAUGGCAUCGAGUCCGGUUCCGACCUGACCGGUCACCAAGUCAUGGAGUUGUGGGAUCGCCUCUGCUCUGGUUUAAAGGCCAGGAAAAUAGGGUUGAACGAUGCAUCGCACACGAAAGGGAUGGAACUGAGGCUACUGCAUGGAGUAGCAAAAGGAGAGCCGUGGUUCGGUCGUUGGGGUUACCGGUUCGGGUCAGGGACAUACGGAGUGACUCAAAAGAUCUAUGAGAAGGCACUUGAGUCGGUCCGCAACGUACCCUUGUGGUUGCUUAACAAUCACCUAACCAGCCUUAACCGUGAGACUCCAAUUCUCUUGUCAAGGUAUCAAACUUUAUCCACCGAGCCAUUGAUCACUCUCAGUGAUCUCUUCAUGUUCAUGCUUCAUCUCCAUUCGCGUCUUCCAAGAGAUAGCUACAUGAAUAACUCCCGAAACCAAAUCAUCUCCAUUGAUAGUACCAACUGUAGAUGGUCUCAAAAACGGAUUCAAAUGGCUAUUAAAGUGGUUAUAGAGUCGUUGAAAAGGGUCGAAUGCCGGUGGAUAUCGAGACAAGAAGUGAGGGACGCAGCUAGAAACUACAUCGGGGACACGGGUUUGCUUGAUUUUGUGUUGAAGUCACUCGGUAACCAAGUGGUCGGGAACUAUUUGGUCCGACGUAGUCUAAAUCCGGUGAAAAAGGUGCUGGAGUAUUGCUUGGAGGACAUAUCAAAUUUAUUACCAAGUAGUAACCAUGAACUCACAACCCUUCAAAAUCAAUAUCAAAUGGGGAAGACGACUACAGCCACGAACGGACACAACAAGAUCACAAGAGGUCAAGUGAUGAAAGACAUGGUAUACUUUUACAGACACAUUCUUAUGGACUACAAGGGAGUGUUAGGCCCCAUAGGCAUAUUGAACCAAAUCGGAAUGGCUUCAAGGGCAAUCCUCGACGCUAAAUACUUCAUCAAAGAGUAUCACUACGUGAGAGAUACAUCAAUGAAAACAAUUCAGUUAGAUGGCGGUGGAAAAUUAGGAAUAUUCUGCACAAUCGCGUGGAAAUCCCAUCAUCAUAACAAUGACAUAAAGAUGCCUCCACAAGAAUGCAUAGUGGUGAGCAAAAGUGCAACAAUGAGUGAACUGUGUAGAGAGGCAGAGAGAGUGUUUAGAGAGAUCUAUUGGGAACUAAGAGACGUCGUGGUGGAUAAUCAAAGGGAGAUGACUACAAGGGUCGAUGAAAUGGCACUGAAUGGGAACAAAGGAUUGGUGUUAGAUGGGAAUGUAGGAGUGAUGAUGAACAUUGAAGUGAUGAAGUAUUAUGAUGAUGAAGAUAGUAAGAAGAAGGAUAAGAGGAUCGAGUGUGAAUGUGGAGCGAAGGAGGAUGAUGGAGAGAGGAUGGUGUGUUGUGAUAUUUGUGAAGUAUGGCAACACACAAGGUGUGUUGGUGUUCAACACAAUGAGGAGGUUCCUCGCAUUUUUCUUUGUCAAAGCUGUGACCAACAUCUUAUCCCUCUCUCUUUUCUGCCUUAAACCAUUCACGUUAUAAACCUUGUUUUCUUAUAUACUUCAUAAAAUAAUUAAAUACCUACGUGUACGAAUUUGGAAUAAUACCAGAUAAAAAUUAUUUACAAUG